AACCGAGAGAAAAAAGACUCUUGCGGGAGAGAAAGAAAAAAAGAGGAAGAAACAGGAUACCUAUAUAUCGCGGGAAAGAGCUCGGGAGUCUCUCAGAUUUUCACAUUGCGCACGACGACGGAUCGUUUGGCUCCGGCUCUCUCCUUCUCUUGGCUUUAUUAUUAUAUUUAUUCCCCGCGCUGUUGUGUUUGUCUGUGUAUCUCUACACUCUGUGGUGGUGGUGGCUCAUCAGUCUCCGUUCGUCGCCGCUCCGGGAUCGACGACGAGUCCCCUCUGCAAGACGGCGGGUUAUAUAGCAGCCGAGCGCAACAGCUGCGACUGACUCCCGACACUUUUUCUCUUUUUUUUUUUUUCCAAAACAGCUGGAAUGAUUGUCGCCCGGCCAACACAAUUGGCAACAACAUUAACAGGCGACGUAGCGAAAAACUUUUCAUCAUUAUCUAACGUCCAUUAAGCUCACACAGUCUAAAUCAAUCAAAUUAGGCGCCGCGAAAUCAAUGAGCAAUCAUGUCACAGCAGUCGUCUGACCCUGGUGAAACGGACGCUCUGUCGGGAUUGGACUCGUUUCAUCAUCUGAAACGUCACGGUCUCCAUCAGCGCCAGUUGUCGUCGAGUCGCCGUCAUCAGCGAUGUCGGCCUACGUUGGGAUGUUUAAUGAUCACCGUGGCGUUCACUCUUCUUGGCACGGCUGCUUUGUCGGCGUCCAUUUUCACGGAUUACUGGGAGAGGAUCGACUACAACGUCAGUUCCAUCGACGCCAUCGCCCAGCGCAGCAACGGAACUCAUCGGCUUACUUGGCUCUUUAACAAAACCGUGGCGCGAAUCGUUUUGAAUCCGCUGGCGUCAUCAUCGACCGCCGGUAGUAAAUUAUCAGGCCGGACUCCAUCUUCGUCUAAUUCCUACCUGCUGCCAAAGCGCAACGCAUCCAAUGCAACAACAACAACAACAACAACCCCAAUCCGACUCAACGAUGGGCUUUCACUGGACCGGCCGUUCGGCGCCCCAAAUUACGUCCAGUUCGCCUCAAUCGACCGCCAGCAGGAAAUAUCCAAGCAAAGAUGGAGCGGAUUUAGUCAUCCGGAAGACGGAGCGUUCAACAAGUCCCGGAUCCUCUCGAGGCGUAAUAGGAGGCACGCGACGUCGAACGGAACGCACCGUCGUAAAAAGCGGGCCGGCAGCACCCGCCGUCGUCCCGAUUCUUUGUUCUACUUGAUCCCGCUGCACGGUGGCAUCUGGCAUCUUUGCGUCGAUCUUCAGAAUGACCAACUGAGAAUGCUACAAGAAAUGGGCCUCGACCGUGAUGCCUGCACAGAGUACCUCGCCACUAGCGGAGCUUUAGCAGCUUCCGGCGUUGAAAAUGACGCAUUUCGCGUGACGUCCAACUACCUAAAUCAUCACGUUCAAUCCAAAAUGCACAAUUUAUCGAUCUCUUGCGCCAUGGUCUGCGUUAUUCUCCUGGCGUCAGCUGCUCUGCUCGGAACUUUCGGAAUUAUGAAGCGUCAAAUCAGCGCAGUGCUCAUUACUGGAGUCAUGUACAUUCUAGCAGCUCUCUUUGCCGUCUUCUCGCUCGUCAUCAUGCACUGCAAGCGAAACAGUCGGCGUGAAACGGGCUUUGUUGACGAUCCGUUAGUGAAUCCAGUCGAGUACAACGAGGCUCGGAUCUUUUCAAACAGCUGGUCAAUGUUACUCGGUUGGGCUGGCUCUGCGGUCAUUUUCGUCGCCAGUAUUUUUUGGCUAUUUCUGGCCAAGGUUAUGCGAUACAAUCAACUGACGUUCUUCUUCUGAGUUGCUGCUCCAGUAUAUACCAGGAGAGUGUGGUUGUGUGUGUUUGUGUGUGUGUGAGUGUUCUAUUUACCUCGGAGGUUUGGUUCUUUUUAUUCUGUUUUCUCACUUUUUUUGUUUUCAUUCUCUACUCGGAAAACGUCACGCGCCACCACUAUACGCCCGUUUCUCCUUAACCGUUGUUUAUUGUAUCGACGUGUUUUUAUCUCGAAGAAAAAAGGGUUCCCUUGGAGCAUACUAUAAAUAUAUACACUGUACGACGCCAAAUCAUGCCAAAAUAUACGUAUAUACUAUA